AUGUUAAUUUGGGCCAUACGAAAAUAUUUCAUCGCCAAUUUCAAACAACCGCCACUGUCAUCGUCGAUAAAUAAAAUUGCAGGAACAUACAGCACCAUCUCCUCCGCCUCCAACUCCGCCAACUCCUCCUCGUUUUCCUCGCAAAGCCAAUUCAUAUUCAACGCCCAGGCCUAUCAAGAUUACCAAAAUCCAGCGGAAAAGAUGUCGCAGUUGAGCGAUCAGUACACUAUUCUUGCCGAUGACUCCCAGGUGAGCAAGCCGAUUAUUGACGACAGGCAUUACCGUUUUUUGAAACUCAACUCCAACGACUUGAGGGUGCUCUUGAUCCAUGACCCGCAGGCAGACAAGUCGGCGGCGGCACUAGACGUGAAUGUUGGUUCUUUUGCAGACAAAAACUAUAGCAUCCCGGGGCUAGCUCAUUUUUGCGAACACUUGUUAUUCAUGGGCACGGAAAAGUACCCCAAAGAGAAUGAGUACUCGAGCUUUUUGUCGAAGCACUCGGGGAAUUCAAAUGCUUACACUUCGUCGGAACACACCAACUACUACUUUCAAGUCGGCUCGGAUUAUUUGGAAGGAGCCUUGGACAGGUUUGCUCAGUUUUUCAUUUCGCCCUUGUUCAGCAAGAGCUGCAAAGACCGAGAAAUCAAUGCGGUUGACUCUGAAAACAAAAAGAAUUUGCAGAAUGACAACUGGAGGUUGUACCAGUUGGACAAGCUGAAGAGUAACCCAAAGCACCCCUACAAUGGAUUCUCGACUGGGAACUAUCAAACGUUGCACGUUGAGCCCGAACUGCGCGACGUCAAUGUGCGAGACGUGUUGAUGAAGUUCCACAAGGACAACUACUCGGCCAAUUUGAUGAGUUUGGUUAUAUUGGGCAAGGAGGACUUGGACACGUUGUCGGCGUGGGCGAUUGAAAAAUUCUCACCUAUUCUAAAUAAGCAAUUGCCACGGCCCCAUUACGGAGGCAAGUUGAUCUAUGAACAAGAGCAGUUGGGAAAGUUGCUCAAGGCCAAGCCCGUGAAGGAAUUGCACCAGUUGGAGCUCAGUUUCAUGAUCCCCGAUGAUUUGGAGGACAAGUGGGACUGCAAGCCGCAGGGCUAUUUUUCCCAUUUGCUAGGACACGAGAGCGAGGGUUCCAUCUUGCACCAUACCAAGGCCAAAGGUUGGGUCACCGAGUUAUCGUCAGGGAAUAUGAAGGUUUGCCAGGGCAACUCGGUGUAUAUGCUCGAGUUCCAGCUUACUCCUAGUGGAUUGGAAAACUGGGAAAAGGUUGUAGUCACGGCAUUUGAGUACCUUGAGCUUAUCCUCAAAGAUGAGCCCAAGAGGGAGAUUUGGGACGAAAUCAGAAAUAUCUCAGAGGUCAACUUCCGGUUCAGGCAGAAAAUCGAUGCGUCGUCAACUGUUUCUCAGAUGAGCAGCACGUUGUACAAAUUUGACAAUUUCAUCCCAGCGGAAAACUUGUUGAACUCGUCUGUCCUACGCAAGUUUGAUCCAGAGGCAAUCAAGGAGUUUGGUCGAUACUUGAACCCUGACAACUUCCGCAUCUCGUUGGUGUCGCAGAACUUGACCGAUUUGACUAGGCGUGAAAGAUGGUACGGUACGGAAUACGAGUUUGAGGACAUGUCAAAGGAGUUGUACGAUUCAAUACUGCAUCCACAGCCUAACAAACAUCUCCACUAUCCCGAGCCAAACCCUUUUGUGCCAACGAAUUUCGAGAUUUCGAAAAGAAAAGUGGCAAAGCCUCAGAUUGCACCGUACUUGAUUACUCACGAUGAAAAGACCCACGUCUGGUUUAAGCAAGAUGACCAGUUUGAAGUUCCAAAGGGAACGAUUGAAGUUGUGUUUCACCUCCCUAGUUCCAAUGCCGAUCUUGUUUCUGCUACAAAGUCGGCUGUCUUUGUAGAGAUGUUGACUGAUCAUCUCAACCAAAUCACCUACUAUGCUUCCUUGGUUGGAUUGAAAGUUGGCAUCAACACCUGGCGUGACGGGUUUGCCAUUGUGGUUACUGGGUAUAACGACAAGUUGCCUCUCUUGCUUGGCCAAGUAUUGGACAAUUUUUUCAACUUCGAGCCCGACGCAAGCCGGUUCGAUCCAAGCAUAUUCAAGCUUUUGAAGGAGUUUAAAAACUUUGGCUACCAGGUCCCUUAUUAUCAAAUGAGCUCGCUCCAUUUGCAAUUGGUUAAUGAAAAAGUGUACGAGCACGAGGACCGUAUCAGAGUGUUGGAGGAGUUGAAGUUUGACCACAUUAAAGAGUUUGUCAGUAGAUCCAUCUGGGACGCUGGUGUCUUUGCUGAAGUGUUGAUUCAUGGUAACUUUGACAUUAAAGAUGCCAAUGAGAUAAAAGAAGUGAUCAACAAUCACAUUGCUUCGAUUAGGCCAAUUGACGAUGGCAGCAGCUUGGACCAUGAGGACAAGUUGCACUUGCAAAACUUUGUCUUGCAACCAGGCGAGGUUGUUCGCUACGAAAAAACACUCAAGGACCAGGACAAUUUGAACUCGUGCAUCGAGUACUACUUGCAGUUUAGCCCGCACAAUGACGACGCGAGAUUGCGUGUGUUGAUUGACCUUUUGGCCGUGACUAUACGCGAGCCGUGCUUUGACCAAUUGAGAACCAAAGAGCAGUUGGGAUACGUGGUGUUUUCUGGGUUGAAAAAAGGUAGAACCUCGUUAGGGUUCAGAAUACUCGUGCAGUCAGAACGUCCCAGCGCUUAUUUGGAGUACCGAAUCGACGAGUUUUUGCUAAAAUUUGGCAAGUUUGUCAACUCUGAGUUGACCGAAGAGGAUUUUGCCAAGUUCAAAAACGCUUUGAAGGACUUGAAGUUGCAGAGAAUCAAGCACCUCUCAGAAGAGACCAAUAGAUUAUGGAACUCCAUCACCGAUGGAUACUAUGACUUUGACUCGAGACUGAAACACGUGUCGAUAUUGCAAAGCGUGACCAAGGCGGAGUUUAUCAAAUUUUAUAACGAGUACCUUGGCGACAGGCUGAUGCAAAAGACAGGCAAGUUGAUCAUCCACUUGAAGUCGCAGGUUGAUGCCCAAGUGAGUGAGAAUAAGCGGAUCCAAAGUGCCUUGGCCAAUUAUUGCUACAAGCACGGAGCAACGGUGGAUCACGAGUUUAUCGAUAAGCUCUCCUCGGACAAUCUUGCUAUCGAGUCGGUUGUCGAGCAGUUUGCUCACGAAGUCGAGCGUAACGGAGGCGGGAAACCGACAAACUAUCAGGAGUUUUGCAACCAGAUUCAAUCUUUGAUUGAAGAGCCGAUACCGGCGAAUUACCCAACGGGGCAAUUGGUGAGAUCCGUGGAUGAGUUUAGAGACGCACGCUCAACAGGUGGCUUCCCCAAGCCUGUUUGCGCGUUGUCUAAAUUCUAUUACGAACACUCCCAUUUAUAG